AUGGUUGGGGCUAACAGAGCAUCAAUAUCUUUAUAUAAAUUGGUUAAAGACAAAGACGAGUCCUUAUAUGCCUUUUUUGCAGAAGAAGAUAUUGAGUGGUCCUUUAUUCCUCCUAGAAGUCCAAAUUGGGGAGGACUGUGGGAGGCAAAUAUCAAAGCCUUUAAAUACCAUUUCAAACGCGUAGCAGGAAACUCAAAAUUUACUUACGAAGAACUGCUAAAGAUGACUACCCAAAUAGAGGCGAUUCUAAAUUCUCGUCCUAUUACGCCACUUUCAACUGGUGUUGAUGAUUUAGAAGUGCUAACUCCAGCAAAUUUCUUAUUGGGAGGUCAAUUACAGCGAUAG